GAGCGCAAAAACGCCCAAAAUCAAAUAUUAACAAAAAAACCCCUCAUCAUCAACCUUUGUCUUUUGCUUAAAAAAUGGAUACUAUUUGGCAGGAACAGAAUCAUGGUGGCGGCGGUUUUCAGCUGCCGGAGAGUCCAAGGAGGCCGAUGGAGUUCUUGUCGAGAUCAUGGAGUGCUGCUGCUCUCCAGGUCUCUAAAACUCUACACUCUCCGCUAUCUCCAUUGAUUCCAAAAUCUGGUAUUAAUACUGAUAAUACCGGUGCAAACUCUGUUGCCGCCGCGGCGGAAAACAACAACCGUUUCUCCGGUGUCGAGGCAGCGGAGGAGUCGGCCUCAGCCGCAGCCGCAUUACUGUCUGGAAACACGUUCUCGUUUGCGUCCUCCGCCACUUCUCAGCUAGUGCUUGAACGCAUCAUGUCUCAGUCCGAUAUAUCGCCAUUAGCAUCAGGGAGGCUGUCACACAGCAGUGGACCUUUAAAUGCGACGUUGACGGAGGAAACCGAUAGUCCUCCGAUCUCCCCUUCCGAUGACUACGACGAUGUCGUCAAGUAUCUUCGAGCAAACAACUCGUUACAACCCCUGUUUGCCAACGCACGUAGCGGUGGUUACACAGGCGGCAGCAGCACCCCUGCCGGAAAAACAGUUGGAAGGUGGUUAAAAGAGCGGCGAGAGAAGAAAAAGGAAGAGACCAGAGCUCACAACGCGCAACUUCACGCAGCGGUUUCUGUUGCCGGCGUGGCGGCAGCUGUGGCCACCAUCGCAGCCGCCACCGCUGCAGCUUCAGCCUCCAGAAAAGACGAACAAAUGGCGAAAACCGACAUGGCUGUGGCCUCUGCCGCCACCUUGGUUGCCGCCCAAUGCGUGGAGGCCGCUGAAGCCAUGGGAGCUGAACGUGAACAUCUUAUCGCGGCAGUUAAUUCCGCUGUUAAUGUGAAGUCCCAUGGUGAUAUAUUAACCCUCACCGCCGCAGCUGCUACAGCUUUGCGUGGUGCGGCGACUUUGAAGGCGCGUGCAUUGAAGGAAGUAUGGAAUAUAGCAGCGGUUAUACCGGUUGAUAGAGGAGUGAAAGAAAGCAAAAGCCAUGGAAAGAGUAGUGCAUACUGUGAAGAGCUUCUUCCGGAAGAAAACUUUCUUGGCAUUUGUAACCAAGAGCUUCUUGCUCGUGGUAGCGAGCUUCUUAAACGCACACGUAAUGGUGAUCUUCAUUGGAAAAUUGUAUCUGUUUAUAUCCAUCGAACGGGUGAAGUAAUGCUAAAGAUGAAGAGCAAACACGUUGGCUCUACGAUCACGAAAAAGAAGAAAAAUGUUGUUUUGGAGGUUUGCAAAAACAUGCCAGCGUGGCCAGGGAGGCACCUAUUUGAAGGCAGUGAGCAACGGCGCUACUUUGGGCUGAGGACAACCAUUCGUGGAGUAGUGGAGUUUGAGUGCAGGAACCAAAGAGAAUACGACAUGUGGACUCAGGGUGUGUCUCGUCUUUUGUCAAUUGUGGCUGAAAAGAAGCUCUCUCGAAGGCCAUAAGGUUUAAGCCUUUAAGGUUAGUUAGGGACACUGUCCUCCUACUCCUACUACUACUUAGUUUUGCUGUUUUGUACGACGACAAACAUUGUAAAGGUCUGUGUGUGUAGUAUGGCUAAUAGCUGGCAGGUUUAGGGAGUUUAUAAUUAUAGUUAUAGGCUUAUUUGAUAGGGGUGUGUAAUGAAUUUAAUGAUAUACGUUUGGUUGGUGUUGGUAGUUGAUAGUUAUCGAUACAUUUUCAUAAACCAAACAUACAUUGGCCUUGGGCCCUUGGCUAGAUAUAAUAUUACAAUAUUCUAUUCCUCUA